GCCAAUUCGUGCGGGUGGCGCAUUUUGUUUAUAAGCCGGACAGAUGGGCCUGAUAACAUCAUUCCAACGAAAGUAAUCAAACACUAAGUACAAGCAACACCACUUUUUUGUGCACAAAUCAACAGCAAAUCAAGCAGUAAAAUGGCUUUCCUCAAGUACACAAUUGUCGUCUGCUUAGCGCUCGUCGGCGUCGCUCAAUGCGCACUGUUACGCGCCGCCCCAGCGCCCGUCGCCUUCGCCGCACCCGUACCCGCACCAGUUGUGCCCAUCAACACCGAGAUUGACCCACAUCCACAAUACGCUUUCGCCUACAAUGUACAGGACGCGCUCACCGGCGACAGCAAGAGCCAACAGGAGGUGCGCGAUGGUGAUGUGGUGAAAGGCUCCUACUCUGUCUUGGAUGCUGAUGGUUCACUGCGUACCGUCUUCUACACCGCCGAUCCCAUUAACGGUUUCAAUGCCAUCGUCCAACGCGGUCCCGUUGCGCCAGUGUUGGCUGCCAAGCCCGUCGUGCCACUUGCACCAGCGCCUCUGCCCGCUCGCUUCAUCCAAGGUUAAGCUGGUGAUGAAGAGUUCCUGAUGGCCGCGCCGGCUGUCUGUAGCUUUAAAUGCAUCCCUGCGGCACUAUUUAACUUAUAUAUCUAAUCCCAGGCACAACUAUUUAGUAGGCUAGUCAAGCGAAUGUUAAGAAGUGGACAUUGUAGCGCGAAAAGCAUGAUGCGAAGGACUUUGUGUUCUUGUUGUUGUACGUUUACAAUUGUCUGAAGUCAAUUUAGUUAAUUAUUGCUUUGUUGUUUUGUAGCGAAUAUUUUCGAGUUGUUAUGUAAUUUUUAACUACAUUUAAUGCACAUACAAACACAUUAACUUAAAUCUAUGACUAUAGUUGCACCCAACUAUACACACAUUCACAUAAAGUUUGUUUUUGUAUAAUUUUUAACGUAAUUUUUGUAGUAAUAAAUCACCCGACAACACUUUUGAGAUCGAAAUCAAAC